AUGAGGAGACCCCUCUUUCUGAAGAUUGUUGAGGCCUUGAGUGGAUGGGAUGAGUAUUUCACCUUGAGACCGGAUGCUCUGAAUCGUCCCGGGUUCUCACCAAUUCAUAAGUGUACGGUAGCUAUCCGUCAAUUAGCAUAUGGCGGCUCAGCAGACCAGCUUGAUGAGUAUCUGAAGAUGGGAGAAAGUACUGGUGUGGAGUGCUUGAAAAAGUUUGUUAAGGGAAUCAUUGAAGUAUAUGGUGAAGAGUACUUGAGACGCCCCACAGUACAAGAUGUUGAACGACUGUUGGAGAUCGGUGAGCGUCGUGGUUUUCCUGGCAUGUUAGGGAGCAUUGACUGUAUGCAUUGGCAUUGGGAAAAAUGUCCCAAUGCAUGGAAGGGACAAUAUACUCGUGGUGAUCAUGGUGUACCAACCAUCAUUCUAGAGGCUGUUGCUUCGCAUGACCGAUGGAUAUGGCAUGCUUUCUUUGGAGUGGCGGGAUCCAACAAUGACAUCAAUGUGCUGAGUCAUUCUGAUUUGUUCGUCAAGGAAUUAAGAGGAGAAGCUCCACAGGUGCAGUACUUUGUGAAUGGAAGGCAAUAUACCAAAGGUUAUUAUCUUGCAGAUGGAAUAUACCCAGACUGGGCUGUUUUUGUCAAAUCCAUACGCGCACCACAAUCAGCUGAGCACAAGCUGUAUUCAGAACAUCAAGAGGGGGAAAGAAAGGAUGUUGAAUGUGCAUUUGGCAUUUUACAAUCUCGUUUUUGCAUUUUGCGUCGGCCGGCACGUCUAUAUGAUCAAGGGGAUCUUGAGAAUAUCAUGUUAGCUUGUAUAAUACUUCACAACAUGAUAAUCGAGGACGAGAAGGAUAUAGAGGAUGAUUCGUUUGACCUGAACGAGGAAGGAACCACGUCUACUGUUCAGGCGUCUACAAUCGCUCAUGGAUAUGAUCCGGUGAUGGAGGAGGUAAUACAGAGAAGUGCCGAGAUUCGUGAUCGUGAAGCUCACAGGCAACUACAAUCUGAUUUGAUUGAUCACAUUUGGCAAAAGUUUGGGAAUCGAACUAAUUAG